GCGCCACAAGGGCGGCGAGACGAGGGGGCGAGAACAGAGAACAAAACAAUAGCAAUUCAAUAGAACAUAGAACUAAUUCGCUGGAAUGGCUGGAUUUCUGAAGACACGGAAGCGCAGCCGGGAGGACGACCUGCCGUGCGAAUCGACGCCCCUGUCGAAGCGCAUCAACAACCUGCACCUGAACUACGACGACGGGAACAGCAGCAGCAGCAGCAGCUGCAGCAUUCCGCCGCUGCCAGGAGGAGGAGGAGGUGGCCCCGGUGGCCCAGAGGCAGCAGGAAACGGAGUGGCAGCCGGGGGAUACGAGUACAAUCCGGAGCUGGGAGCCGAGCAGAAUCCCUUUUACUACGAGAAGAACAAGAUGCUGUACGACCUGCACGUCGAGCGGAUCAAGCGGAGCAGCCAGUAGCUCCUCCGGUAGCUCCCAGGAGUUCAAGUGCCAACCGAGUUCUCUGCCGCAACACAGCACUCUGUAGUCCUAGUUUAGCCUAGUUUGCGUCUCAUCAUCGUAAGGUGUCCAAGGAGCUGGAGAAGAAACGAAACGUAGCGAAACCGGAUUUGUGUGAUAAGCAUUGUUUACUUGCUAAGCAUUUGCAUCGCCUCGGAUGCGGCUAUAUAAUACUAACAGAAAUCGAGCCAAGACUCCCCCAAAAGCACGCACAUUUCCCCCGCCCAUACGCCCCUUAAACAAAAAUCUGUAAUUAUAAACGUGUAUUUAUUCUAAGAAUAUUCUAA